AUGAGCGCUGGGAAGUUGGUUCUGGUGACCGGGGCGAGCGGAUAUUUGGGAGCGCAUUGCGUGAAGACGCUUUUGGACAAGGGCUAUCGAGUCCGGGGCACCGUUCGGAGCCUGAAUAAUGCGAAAAAGGUAGAGCCCGUAAAACUUCUUGAUCCAACCGGCGAAAGCCUAUCCCUCGUCGAGGCCGAUUUGAACGAAAAGCAGGGAUGGCCAAGUGCUGUUGCCGGUUGCGACUAUGUCCUCCACGUUGCCUCACCAUUUCCACUCGUUGGAACGGAAGAAACGAUAAAAACGGCUGUAGCGGGCACGAUGAAUGUUCUCGAGGCGUGCGCAGAAACCGAAUCCGUGCAAAAAUUGGUCCUAACCAGCAGUGUUGCUGCCAUUACAGAAGGCUACCGCCACCUUGCCGAGCCGUUGACUGAGGAAUAUUGGUCGAAACUAGACGACGCUUCCGCCUACACGAAAAGCAAGACGAUGGCCGAGCGAGCUGCCUGGGACUUUGUGAAGCAGGAGGGUCAUAAAAAUAGCUUCACCAUGACCGUCAUCAACCCCGGCUUCAUCAUCGGGCCCCCGAUUACUGACGACAAGGGCUCCAGUGUAGAUAUAAUCACCCAACUUCUGGCCCUGCCAGCCGUCCCUCGUGUCACUAUGACGCUAAUCGAUGUGAGAGACGUCGCUGAGGCUCAUGUAGCUGCCCUUUCGAAGCCGGACAGCGACAAUCAGCGAAUUCUGUGCACCAACGAGCACUCGUAUUUCAUGAUCGACUUGGCGCACGUGUUGAGGGAGGAAUUCGGGGAUCAAGGCUAUUCCCCUGCAAACUACCAAAUCCCCGAUUGGAUCGUCCGUUUCGGGUCGUACUUUAGCGGAACGCUCGCCGGCGUCGUCACCAGAAUUGGGAUGAAGACCAAGUUUGACAACUCUAAGUUACGUAAUAUUCUCGGCAUCACCCCGCGAGACCCGCUGAAAUCGCUUGUCGAAAUGGUCUACGAGCUGAUCGAGCGCGGGCAUAUUAAGAGGACGUCGAAAUAUCGUGGAAAGCCA